AUGUCGAAGUCCCCAUAUCAAACCAUGUCAUCCAGCGAACCAGCCCCUCUGUCAACGGACCUUAUGCUCCCCAUCCCAAUCCACGAGCGCUUCCUCGUCAUCAACCCACAAACCAGCUCCCCCUUCUUCUCAGGGCUCAUCCCGCCUGAAAUCCGGGAUGCAAUCUUCGAUUACGCGCUCACGGAGUAUACCAGAACCGACGCAGAAUCAAUCUACCCCGUAGACACAGCCUACACUCGUCCAGGCUACACCGGCAAACGCAGCAUAUCCAUCUCAUUUCUCCUCACGUGCCGACGCAUCUACAAAGAGACCUACCACCUCCCAGCCACGCACAAGGAGCAUGUAUUCUGGCAUGGACGCUCCCCGACCGUCUUAGUCGGCGAUGAAAACGAGAGGUACUAUUUCCGCCGCUUCACGGAGUGGCAGAUGAAAUCUAUCAAGGAGAUUCAUCUUUUUACGCAGCUUUUCUGGCUGGAGAAUAGCUUUCCCAGACUGUGUGCCCAGGAAUGUUUACAGGGCAUGGAGAGGAUGACUAUUACGAUUAGGAGGGGCGAUUGGUGGUGGAAUGAGAGUAAUACCCCACUGGGGAUCAUUCCGCAAAGACGUCAUAGUGAUAAUGCGCAGAUGAUGAAGGAUUGGAAGGAUGAGAAAGAAGGAAAGCAGAUCCCUUGGGAUUCUAAAGCAUGGGGAAGUGCAUUUGCGAGACUUGGGAGUUUGAAGGAGCUGGUGAUGGAGUUGGAGACUAGUGAUGAUAAGAAGGAUGAGUUGAUGGCUAUUGUGGAGAAGGCUAAGACUUGGAGGUUUCCUUAUAAGAAUGGUACUGUGUUGAGCGCUGAGGGGUUGAGGGAGGAGGUAAGCACGUGGCAAGGCCCGAUGUGUAAUUGGAGCGGGCAUUGCCCUUAUUGUGGUCUGAGGGGAAAGUGUAAGGUUGUUAGCCCACCGAAUAAGGGCUGUGAAGAGCGCACGAGGUUGAAAGCUGAGAAUAAGGGCCCAAUAUGUUACGUGGUGAGGUUAAGAUGGAGGGUUGUUAAGGGGGGCCAAUGA